UCCAGCUUGUCACACAACCAACAGGCCCCGCCUCCAGCUCGCCACACAACCAGCAGGCCCCGCCUCCUCCUCGUUCGCGCUCUCCGCACAGGCGGGGUCCUCAGUGGGGCUGUCCUAUGAUCUGCCUGCAGGCUGUGUACAGAGAAGAGGGCGAGGCCUGGCGUGUCUGCGAUCCUCAGUGUACCCUUAUUCCCUCUAUGGCUACAGUCCCCACUGUCCCCGCUCAGUGAUUCACACCUGUUACGCGACGCACGUGGGCAGAAGUAUCCUAUGGAAAGCUGGGUGGCACUGGAUAGAAAACAGAAGAAAAUUGCGCUGUGUUUGGAUCGGUAGUUGUCACUACGCUGCAGGAAUGGAAAAGAAAGGAUUGUGUUUGCCUGACCUCGGGCCACAUCUCAUGUUUGUCUAAGAUAUCUGGGACAUGACAUCAGCGUGACAAUGAGAGCCUGCUGACAUCCCUCCUCAUGCCAGAAGACGUUCCUUGGUAGCACCAAGGUCCUUCCAAGACAGGAAUCUCUCAGAUAUAAUUUUUUUCCCCCGUGAGUGUACCCUGUGAGCCUUCAAAACUGUUUCUCCAAAGAGUUUUGCAGAAACUAAGACUGUUUUCUAAAGCAGAAGCACCGCAGUCCUCAACUGAAGUGAUGGGCAGCGUGCGAACCAACCGCUACAGCGUUGUGUCUUCAGAAGAGGACGGGAUGAAGCUGGCUACCAUGGCAGUUGCCAACGGGUAUGGAAAUGGUAAGAGCAAAAUCCAUACCCGACAACAGUGCCGGAGCAGAUUCGUCAAGAAAGAUGGCCAUUGCAACGUCCAUUUUAUCAAUGUGAGCGAGAAGGGGCAGCGCUACUUAUCUGAUAUCUUUACUACCUGUGUGGACAUUCGUUGGCGAUGGAUGCUGGUCAUCUUUUGCCUAGCUUUCAUACUGUCUUGGCUUUUCUUCGGCUGUGUCUUCUGGCUCAUAGCCCUCCUUCACAAUGACUUGGGUGCUCCGGAGAAUCACAGGUCUUGUGUUACAGAGGUCAAGAGUUUUACUGCAGCCUUCCUCUUCUCUAUCGAAACCCAAACCACCAUUGGCUAUGGAUUCCGAUGUGUAACAGAUGAGUGCCCUGUGGCAGUGUUUAUGGUAGUCUUCCAGUCCAUCGUUGGCUGCAUAAUUGACGCCUUCAUCAUUGGUGCUGUCAUGGCGAAAAUGGCCAAACCUAAAAAAAGAAACGAGACUUUAGUUUUCAGUGACUCAGCCGUGAUAGCCAUGAGAGACGGGAAACUUUGCUUAAUGUGGAGAGUGGGCAAUCUCCGAAAGAGUCACCUUGUUGAAGCUCAUGUACGAGCCCAGCUUCUUAAGUCACGUAUCACGUCUGAAGGGGAGUACAUCCCCUUAGAUCAAAUAGACAUCAAUGUUGGCUUUGACAGUGGCAUUGACCGGAUAUUCUUAGUUUCCCCUAUCACAAUUGUUCAUGAAAUCGACGAAGACAGUCCUUUGUAUGACCUUAGUAAACAGGACUUGGACAAUUCUGACUUUGAGAUAGUGGUCAUAUUGGAAGGUAUGGUGGAAGCAACAGCCAUGACCACUCAGUGUCGGAGCUCCUACCUUGCUAAUGAAAUCUACUGGGGUCACCGCUAUGAACCUGUACUUUUUGAAGAAAAACAUUAUUAUAAAGUAGACUAUUCGCGCUUUAACAAAACAUAUGAAGUGCCCAAUACCCCAGUCUGUAGUGCCCGUGACUUAGCAGAAAAGAAAUAUAUGCUGUCGAACCCCAAUACUUUUUGCUAUGAGAACGAGGUAUCGCUCACAAGCAAAGAGGAAGAAGGCAGUGACAAUGGUCUACCAGAUAGCAUGAGCACGGACAUGCAUCCAGAUAUGGACCAUCACAACCAAGUUUCUCUUGACCCUAGGCCACUAAGGAGAGAAUCUGAAAUAUGACUAAAAACCUGCUAUCUUCAGCUGGUCAACUUAGCUGGCCGAUGUGCAUUGCUGAGCAGGGGCCUACUGCAGUUUUCAGAUGUCGGUACUGUUGGACAGAGGUGAAACUGAGACUGCACUCAAUGCUGUCAAGCAAACUGUUGCAAAUAUCGAAAUGGUGUAGGCCGCGGUGAUCUAAACUGGAACUUAUAUACUGGUGUUCCAUGUCACUGGGCACACCCCCCACAAGGCACUGUUAUUUAUAGUUAUGGGCGGUGUGGGGAUGCUAGAGGAAAUCCUAUAAACCUCUUGUAGGACCAUCUCUUGAAGGCCUCAUGAUCCACCAGUUGUUCCUAGUGAUACAUACAACGUAAAAGGACAGGAUGGGAUAUAGAGACAAAGCACUAGAGUCUAACCAGAAGGCACAUAAUGUAAAAUAAAAUUAUGUAUGUUUUUUGAAAAACUUGAACUUGCAGACAAGCUCGUUGGGUUUUCAACCUCUCGGUUCUAUUUUUUCUUUGUAAUAUUGGGAACAAGUCCAUUUUUAAUGGCAUAACAAUAGGCAAAUAUCUGCCUUAAAGUCUAAGCUGCUGCUAUUUACACACACACCCUGUUUAAUUCUACUGUGGUGUUUUGUAUUGUUUCAGUGUUUCAGCCGUAUGGUUGGGUCAGGAGCAAGAAUGGCCGUAUAGGUGUUGGCCAAAAAAAAAUUAAGCCAAAUAAAAAUGUUUGUAUUAGAACUAUACAAUUUGAAAAAAUGACACUGCAUUGCAAUCCUCUUACAGAGUAGAGUAGGGUAUAUUUUUAUAUCGGGGGGGGGGGUGAGUUAAAAAGAUGUAAAUGUAUACCAAAGAAAAUGCAAAAAUGGUGUUUAAAAGGACCUCUUGUGAGUAAGUAUUUUUUUUUAGUUGCAAUAGAAAGUCUUGGUGUAGACUCCUGCUGCUACGUGAUAGUUUAGUACAUGGAGGAGAGGCUACUCUGAGCAGAAUGGGGACAGCUUCCCUUACCACAAAGUAGGGUACCACAAAGUAGCAAAAAUUAACAUGGUCAAAAUGCAAGGUUAGGUGUGCUGGGGACAUUCCAAUUUUGUGAAAGUUGAAUCGGCAUACUCAUUAACCCCUUAAGCCCCGUGCAGAAGAGUGUACGCCAUUUUUAUUUUUUAAGUUUUUUUUUUUUAAGUGUUAUCUGUUGCUGUAUCCUCAGGGGCACAUAAAUGGCUUUCUUAGAUUGACUGACCAGCCAUGAGAUAGCUAGGGAUACGAUAUAGCUGCUAUGUAUCAUCAUUCGAAUGUUUGCAAAGUGCAGGGCAUAUUUUUCCAGAGAUAGGAAAGAGGCCAUGGGUGGAUUGAUCUUAUAUCAAAAGACAAAAAUUUGGAGUCCAGAACCUUAUUUGGAACUGAAAGAACACAUUGGGAAAAAAUGAUUAUUUGGUGCAGAGGAUCCUGUAAAGGAAUUUCUAAUAAUUGUAAACACGGGAAAGUGAUAUCUUUGAUUCAUUCCUGUAGUUUGGCUGGGGACUCUUUGGUAUGAAGAGCCAUGUGCAGGCCAUAUUGACAUUUUUCCCUUUGUGUCAGCUGAGAGAGACAGCCUCUAUCCCAGACUGCACACACCUCGCACUUGACAAAAUCUAUCUUUGAGUGAGGCACUAACCCUCAGAGUCCUUGGCCAGUUUUGUCAUAACCUUUUGGGGUAAGAAAAAGUUACAUAAAUAAAAAAAAGUAUCAAAAAGUUGAGGUUAAUUUCUCCACUUUAGUAAAUGGUUCCAAAUGGUUUUGUUAUUGAAUAGUUUUAUCUACGCUUUCCCUUUCUCACAUAGCAUCCCAGCUGUUUUUAAGUAAAAAAAAAACAUUCAGACUAGUUAGCCAAUACAUAUAGCUGAAGACACAAUGGAAAAGGGUGUGAGCUCUGAGCUUUAAUCCAUGUCUGUUAACUAUAUGCCAUUAAAAAUAUCCUUGUCCUGAUCUAUGGUCAGAAAAAAAAAAUGUUCUGCAAUGAGGUCGUAGCUGAUUAAACAAUGUUUCUAGAACAUCGAUUCUUAACUCCGGUCUUCUGUUAAUGGUAGGAGGCAAUAUUUUCCAUGUAUUUUCCAAAUUGUCGGGUACAUAAAGGUAGGUGCACCCUGUGGAAAGAAGGGCCCAUGUUGUCUACCUCCUUCAGGGUUAUUGCAAACUUUUUCCUGUUCCGGUCUUCUCUCCACACUCGUAAUUUUAUUAAAUAAGAAAUCAAAGACCAACCAGAUCUUCAUGAAACCCAUCUUUCCAUCUACAAAGAGUGCCCAUACUAGGCCAAUCAAGUAGGAUCUCCUCCCAAUGGUUUUGAAAGUGUGUCAUUACCUGGCAAAAGACUUUCCUCUAUGAACCAUUUUUAAAUACAGUGAUACAUGGAGUAUGGUCUUAAGGUCAUGGUUGACUGCAAUUAACAACUACAGAGUUUGAAAAAAUUGGUCAGUGAAAUGGUUAUAUAGGGGCCUGAUGGGUUUUAUGUGUUUUGAAUUUUAAAUUGUUGAUAUACAAUCUGGGAUUAUAGAGGAUUAGAGAACACAAGAUGAUUAGUUUUGAUCUUUUGAGACAUCCCAAGUCUAUUGGUUCAUGGUUGGCUAUGAAGGAACAAAAAAAGUCUAUGCUCUAGCACCAUGGAUGUUGACUGAGAUGCCAUCUGCUGCUACACACAUAGGUAAAAGGGAAGACAAAGCAAAACCAAAGAGUAUUUUUGUGCAACCCCAACCUUUUAAAUCGGGACAGCAUAAUUCUGUAGUAGAAUGAUGUAGGAAGAAAUAUCUCCUCCCGUGACGUUCUUUUUGCUACCUCCCUCCGCUUUACACAAAAAAAUAUAGCUUUCCAGCUAUUCCAGGACUGAUGUAGCAUUAACUGGGUACUCCGGCCCUAAGAUAAGAUGUAUGAUCGUGGGGUUCCGCCGCUGAGGACCCCUGCAAUCUGUCAUUGUGCACCUACCUUUGUGAGCUCUCCACAGCGCUGGAGGCUCAGUGUGUAGCGUGACAUCAUGCCAUCACGCCCCCUCCCAUAGAUUUGCAUUGAGGGGGCAGGACGUGGCACUACGACACUCUGGCCCUGUGGUCGUCAUGCUACACACUCGGAGCCUCCAGCGCUGCAGAGAGCUCACAAAGGUGGGUGCGCAUUGACAAUUGCGGGGGUCCCCAGCAGCGGGAUAGAGGAUAAGAUGUAUUAGGGCUGGAGUACCACUUUAAAUUUAGAAAGUUUCUACCCCCAGUCGCAUCUUAAUUGCAUUUAAUUAAAAUACACUAGGCUAAAUAUAUAGCAUGUGAUAAGAACGGCCGUUCCUAUAGAAACCAGAUAGCAAGAAUAGAGCUGACUAACUGACUAUUCAUUUUUUAUUAUUUUUUUUACAUAAGAGCUAAAUGUUACUUGAACUAGCUGGAAAAUUCAUAUCUGUAACACACAUGGCAGGUGUUCUGACUAUAGCCAUGGUGCAUUUGUAUACAGAAUGGCUGUCUCGGUCAGGGAGGGGGAAUGUUCCUUAUUCAUAAGGCCCGGAAGGGGAACUUAUCUUUUUUUAAUGGGGAAUUUUUACAAGAAGCACAGUUUUUUUGUGUGAAUGACAGAAGUCUUAUUUUAAAAAAAAUAUAUAUAUUUAAAAACAUUUGUUGUAAAUCAGUCCGAAACUUGAAAGUGGCUGCUAUGCACUUUUAACCAUUUCCCGUUUUUUUAUUUUAAAUUUAGGCUAAUCCCUUGUCUGAUCGCACAGAAAACAUUACACCCUAAAAUAGGGGGCAACAAGACCCCCUCUCUGUGUCCUGUUAUUUUGAAAGAGUACAAAUUUGCUAAUACUAAUCCAUAUUUUCUGUAUUUAAAGCCAAAUGUAAAUAAUAUGUAAAAUAUUACUUAAAAAAAAAUUUGAGUAAAAGAAAAACACGAUAUGCCAAUAGGUAUAAAUAAAGUGCAGUGAAUUCUGGGAACAGAGACCUAGAAUUUAGAUAUUUACGAACCUCAAACUGUCUCAGCUGUUAUGGGCGUAUGUUAUUUAUUUAAGCAUGGUCUUUUUAAGUUGAAAGCGUUUUUGUAGAUUCUACAGUUUUUAAUCUGUUAGUAGCUUUUGAUGUUCAUGAGGUUUUUGUUUCUGUUUAUACAAAAACCCUUUGUCUUUACCAUGCAAACUUGCACUUUUUUUUAUCAAAAUGGGAAUUUUUUUAAUUCAAAUUAAGCUAAAUUUUAUUCAAUAUUUUGAAUAUUUAAAUUUAAUAGCUAAAAGUUUUUGUAAUUUAGUUUUUUUCUUUUUAUUUGGCAUAACCAAAAAAACACAAGUGACCCUUCUGCAUCUACUAUGAGGUGUUGUAGGCUGUGAAGCUUGAUUUUGCUAAAUAUGGAAGUUGCUGUUGUAUUAUACAUUUAUUACAAGACCCCUUUUCCUUCCUGAAAUACUUGAAUUGGACAUUUGAAUGAUGUCUUAACUAGAGCACUGUAUGUGAGGUCACUAAGGAAGUCAUAUGUAUAUAUCUAUCUAUAGGUAUAUAUGUAUAUAUAUGAACAUUUUUACAUAAACAAUUUUCUUAGUACUUGCACAUUGGAGUGUUAACAUGAAUGGCACCCUAGACUUGUUUGCAGCAUUCCUCAUAGAGAAGGCCGUAGGGUCACCAGAUGCCUAAAUAGCCAUAAUUCAUAUAUUUGGAACUUGUUUUUACUGCUGCUAAGACUAGUAUGUAAACCAACUGCUCCCCUAUAUGUCUCUGUAUUAUGCAACAGGGGAAAGUUAUUAUAUUAAACAUUUUAAUAAAUUGGGGGAUGAAAAUUAUUAUUUUUUUAUAUAUAUUUCUAGUUAACGGUAAAGACAAAGGGUUUGGACACGCAACUUCUUAUUUCCUGUUGGGUCUAGUUUAAGAAGUGAUAAGAUGUACUGUAAUGUCUUUAAACUCUGGUUGCCCCUAACCUGAUAAAGGGCAAUGGGUACAGCCUGGUCACCAUCUUUAGCCAAUUUUUUUUUCCCUUUUACGUUUGGCUUGUUUCCAUGUUUGGAUCGGCACAUGACAAUCAAUGUAAAUAAUGUUUUCUUUCUGGUUGUAACCUUUUUUUAUUGUAUCAAAGUCUUCCUAAAUUGUACUGCACAGAUCCUGGAUUGUACAGAUUUUUUUUAUUAAUAUUAUGUCUUAUUUUAUUA